AUGGGCAUGAACAAGAAGGUGGUGGCGUUCGUGAUGGGAGCGAGCGGGUCGGGAAAAUCAAAGCUUUGUGUCCACCUAGCAAGCCGUAUUGGGGGAGAAAUUAUCAACUCCGACAAGAUACAAGUUUAUAGAGGACUUGAGGUUUUGUCCAACAAGAUUGUUGAGGGGGAGAAGCUUGGCGUGCCUCACCAUUUGAUUGGGGAAGUUGACCCGGAUAAAGAAUAUACGGCUCGUGACUUUUGCUUUGAGGCCACUUCUGUAAUCGAGAGAAUCACAAAGUCCGGCAAGGUUCCGAUUGUGGGAGGAGGAUCCAAUUCAUUCCUUGAAGCAUUGGUGGAGGACCCUCUUUUCAACUUCAAGUCCAACUAUCAUGGCUGCUUCAUUUGGCUUGAUGUUUCUCCCCAUGUUUUGAACACUUUUGUGUCCGAACGAGUUGACCAAAUGGUUAAUCAAGGGCUAGUUGAGGAGGUACGAGGAAUAUUUGAUCCAGACAAAGAUUACACAAGGGGUAUCCGAACCGCCAUUGGGGUUCCUGAAAUGGACAAAUAUCUGAGAGCCGAAACUAACAAAGAUUUGUCUGAUGCUGAGAAGAAGUUGCUGCUUGAAUCCGCCAUUGCUGAAAUCAAAGCUAACACUAUAAGCUUAACUCGCCGUCAAGUGGAGAAAAUCCGACGGCUGAGGGAUGAGCUGGGAUGGCCCAUUCACCACAUUGAUUCCACCCCAGUGUUUCAGAUCGACGGUGACAAACAGGCUCAGCAAGCAGCAUGGCUCAAGUUGGUUCUCAAACCCAGCUUCAAUAUUCUGCAACAGCAUAUCUCAAAAACAUGA